AUGACUUAUGAUACCUUAGCCACGUACACUGGGAUGACUUAUGAUACCUUAGUCACGUACAUUGGGAUGACUUAUGAUACCUUAGCCACGUACACUGGGAUGACUUAUGAUACCUUAGCCACGUACACUGGGAUGACUUAUGAUACCUUAGCCACGUACACUGGGAUGACCUAUGAUACCAUAGCCACGUACACUGUAAUGACUUAUGAUACCUUAGCUGCAUACGCUGGGAUGACUUAUGAUACCUUAGCCACGUACACUGGGAUGACUUAUGAUACCUUAGUCACGUACAUUGGGAUGACUUAUGAUACCUUAGCCACGUACACUGGGAUGACUUAUGAUACCUUAGCCACGUACACUGAGAUGACAUUUGAUACCUUAGCCACGUACACUGGGAUGACUUAUGAUACCUUAGCCACGUACACUGGGAUGACUUAUGAUACCUUAGCCACGUACACUGGGAUGACUUAUGAUACCUUAGCCACGUACACUGGGAUGACUUAUGAUACCUUAGCCACGUACACUAGGAUGACUUAUGAUACCUUAGCCUCGUACUGUAUCUAG